AUGUCACAGGCAGGUGCAAGUACAAGGAAACGGGUUUCUCUCGCUUGCACGCCCUGUCGAAAGAAGAGGUCUCGUUGCGAUGGUGAGAAGCCUGCAUGUGGUAGCUGUCUCAAGGAGCAAAGACAGUGUGAAUACUCUCAUCAGGACGAGAGACGCAAGCCUCCAAGUAAGCGCUAUGUCCAGGCUCUACAUGCCCGUAUUGAAAACUUGGAAACCCAGUUGUUACAAUACGAGAACGCGCAAAAGGAUGCAACACAGCCUCCAAAUACAAUGGCUACAGCUAUGGCAAACCAAGUGCCACUGCCAAGAAAGAUAGCAGCAGAUGAACCCCAAAAACCCAAAUCGGAAGACCCACUGAAUGAUCUUGUGGAUCUCUACGGGGCCUUAAGUUUCGCUGAGGGUCAAGAGCUACGGUACUACGAUUCUCGCAGCAAUCUGGGCCUUGUCCACCAACAAUUGAACACAAGCCGCGUUCCAAUCUUUCAAAUGCCUUCCAAAAUAAGUCACCACAGAGCGAACAGCUUUGUAGUGACACCGGAUGUCCAAGAGCAUCUUUUGGAAUUGUAUUGGAAGUGGCAGAAUCCAUGGCAAUAUCUGAUUCACGAAGAAAGAUUUCGACGAGACCUAGAACAAGGAAGCUCUCAUGGUUAUUGUACACCGCUUCUUCUCUAUUCCAUGCUAGCUAUAGCUUCUCGAUACUCUGAUCGGCAAGAAAUCCGGACAAAUCCCGAUGAUCCGAGUACCGCUGGCGAUGCUAUAGCGGAGCAUGCAAAAUUACUUCUCUUUGAGGAACUGGAGGCUCCUGCUGUAUCGACCGUCAUUGCCGCUGUAUUGCUCUCAUUGAAAGAGAUGUCAGUGAACAAAGAGCCCGUUGGCUGGACAUAUAUGGGGAUGGCAACACGUAUGGCAUACAAUCUUGGGCUUCAUGUUGACCCUUCGAAGUGGGUUGAAUCAGGUCACCUCACCGAGGAAGAUGCAUCAAUACGCUCAAUUGCAUGGUGGGGCUGCUACAUGGUAGAAAAGUUAUUUAACCAAGGGGUGGGCCGGCCAAGUAUGAUUUCUGAGCGUAAUGUACAGGCGCCGCUUCCACCUCUUGUACCAAGUGUCGAGUAUGGUCUGUGGGAGGAUAACGAGACAGCCCCGGAAAAAGGCUGUCUCAUCUCAUAUUGCAUCUCCACUUUCCGGUAUACGUGUGAGAUGCUUCGAAUGACAGCCGGACCUUUGGAUGAGAUCUAUGCCAUCAAUGGGAAUAUGAGCCCACCUGAAAAGGAAAACCUUAUUGCACAGACCAACCUCCGGUUAUCUGCGUUUUACGACAAAUUGCCAAGCUUUUUGCGCCUAACGCAAUCGUCUGCCAAAAGCCCUUUACCACCACAUAUCUAUCUCUUUCACCUCCAUUAUCAUACGGCAAUUAUUCUGCUUCAUCGACCUUUAAUUAGUCGAUCUCAACAUUCAAGUCCCCUCCACAGUUUGCUCAAAACAUCGGACUCUUCGCACAUAGAAGCAUGCACAACAUCAGCUGAACGCAUCACUUCCAUAUUUGGGAAAUACAGAAAUUUCUACUCACUGUAUUUGCGUGAGAUGAGUGUGGCCUGGGGGUGGAGUCAACGAGCAGUUGUAGCCGUGAAGCAUAUUGCUGAAAAAUGGCUAAAAGAGGACAGUCCUAAAAUGCUUGGACUCCAGGAGACAAACGCAGAAACGGAAGGUCAAAUGCAGCACUGUGCAGUGUUCUCUACCGAUGAUACCUCCCGCCAGACGCCUGCUACCGAGGGAAAUGUUCAAUCAGAAAUGCCUUUCCUGGAAAGUCUGAAUUGGGAUGACAUUUUGCAACCUGAUCCGAAUUGGGAUAGCAUAUUGCAAGAUGAUCCGAAUUCAGUGCAGUCUAUGUUAGAUAUCUGGCAGAGUGAGUUUCUAUUUGAAUAG